GUCUUGGGAUAGGUGUGGUCUCUUUUACGUGCUGCUGUUCGUGCUGCCAAACCGUUACCCAUUAGCUGCUUCCUAUCAGGCAUAUCAUAUGGCGAAUUUCGUCACGGUUCCCCAGCAGAAGCGAUCGUUGGCCGAAUCAUGGCUCCUUAUGGAGGCGAUUUGUGAUGUCACACUUGCCGUUUCGAUGACCAUCCUGUUACGUCGGCAGAGAACUGGUUUUCAGCAAACCGACAACAUCUUGAACAAAUUGAUUGUUUAUUCAAUAAACACUGGAACGGUCACAAGUGUAAUCGCUAUUGUCAUGUGUAUCACCUUCGCAAUCCAUGGCUUCGGUUCUGACCUUCUCGUUUUAGGAAUACCACUCGGCGCUGUAUACAAUUUCACUAUGCUCACCAACUUGCACUAUAGAGCUCAGCUCCGUCAAUAUGUAGGUCCCGUUAACAAGGGCAACACUGGUACUGGACCGAACUGGCUGGGUGUCAAAGUCGACAAGACUGUGGAGCCACCAUUGUUGACAUUGGCACGACUACGGCCAGAACGAAAUGCAAUCGUGCCUAAAGAGAAAACCCAUCCCACAGUGGAUGGAGAAACAACUCGAUACGCCUCAUUCCUCCCGGUAUUCACCGUCACAGACACCAAAGGCAUCAGCUAGAUUGUAACUUAAAGCCCUUCCAUGUCUAAUUUAAUUGUUUUGGUG